AUGGUGGAGGAUUAUCAAAUGACAAAUGUUAUUGUGGGGGAUAACUUUGAAAAUAUGUUAUUGCGGGAAUUGAGGGAUCUUUUGCUAUUGCAUGGAAAACUAAUAAAAAACUACGAUCUUCCAAUGUUGACAACGGAAAUAAAUGAAGUCGGGGGAGUGCCAACAAUUAUUCAAGAAGAGUUAUCGGUCCAAGUUCCAAACGAAGACGUUCAAUCUGUUGUGAAGUUAAAUAAUAACCAGAUGAGUGCUUACAAUAUAAUUAUAAACGCCAUCCACCAAAAACAAUGUCGAUUUUUUGUUGUUGAUGGUCCUGGAGGGACAGGUAAAACUUUCCUUUAUCGAACUAUAAUGGCAAAUUUGAGGCGUAAUAAUGAAAUUGUCUUGGCAACAGCUUCCUCUGGUAUAGCUGCUACAUUAUUACCUGGUGGUAGAACUGCACACUCUCGAUUUGGGAUCCCCAUUGAUAUAGAGCCCCAUUCUAUUUGCAAAAUAGCAAAGAAUUCUGACCUAGCAAAACUCAUUAGAAUAACCCAUGCAAUCAUCUGGGAUGAAGCACCCAUGAUAAAUAAUAAUGUGUAG